GACCUGCUCUCGGAGCUUCCACAGGGAUGAUGAGGAGGAGCUGGAUCGUCCUGGCGGGGGCAGGACUGGCGCUGGGCUGUGCGCUUGGCCACCUGUACACAGCUCCUGACUCCUGUGAGGGGCGCUGUGGGGAGCCCUACAGCGAGCAGGAUGAGUGCCACUGCCACAGAGGGUGCCAGAGGGCACACAGCUGCUGUGAGGACUACCACAGGCACUGCCAAUCCGGUGGAGAAGAAGAGGAGGAGGCAGCAGCUGGCAGCCGUGGCUCCUGCCAGCCUCCUGCUGCCUCUCCUUGCAGAGGGCUUCUCCAGGAGCCAAGAUGCCAUCACGGACCAGGAGCUCCUGCAGCUCUCGGAGCAGCUCUAUGAGGCAGAUCACAACAGAGCCCAGCCCAGAGACAUCCUCCUCAACCCCCAGUACCAGGCAGCCCCUCAGGAGAUAGGGGACCAGCAGGAUCGCUGCCCACAGCCGCUCUACAAGCAGGUCAACGAGGAGCUCUUCUCCAAGCCCACCUAUGCCAGCUUCAUCAGGCUGCUGGACAACUACCAGAGGGCCACGGGCAGGGAGGAGGAGGUGACAGCAGAGGAGCUGAGGGAGCAGGACACCUUCCUGAGGGAGGUGAUGAAAACAGAGCUGAUGAAGAAACUCUUCGGCUUCCUCCAUGCCAAAAGCCGCUACAGCUCGGAGCAGGACUUCGUUGCCGACCUGAGGGAGAUGUGGUUUGGGCUCUACUCCCGGGGGGAUGGGCAGAAGGACUCCAGCGGCUUCGAGCACAUCUUCUCAGGGGAGGUGAAGAAGGGGAAGGUCUUAGGGUUCCACAACUGGAUCCGGUUCUACCUGCUGGAGAAGCAAGGAGCUGUCAACUACUUCAGCCACAACUUCGACGGGCCAUGGGACUCCUUCCCGGACGUGCUGGGGCUGCAGUUCAGCUGGGAAGGCUUCUACAAGCAGGUGGGAUCUGCCUUCGUGGGCUGCAGCCCCGAGUUCGAGUUUGGCCUCUACACCCUCUGCUUCCUGGCCCGGCCGGGCAGGGCGUGCCACCUGAGCCUUGGUGGGCACAGGGUCAGCAUCCAGACCUACAGCUGGACCAAGUCCACCUAUGGCGACGGCAGGAGGUACAUUGCCACUGCCUACCUCAUCACCCCCUGAGGCUGCCAGGACGUGGGGGUGACCACAGCCCCCCCCACACCCACACCAGGUGCCCACAGCGCUGGGCAGGGCUGCUCCUGCUGUGGGAAGAUGCUGGCUGCGUGGCAGGACCAGUGCCAGGUGAGCUGGGCCGGAUAGUGGUGCCCCUGCCUGGCAUGAAGACAACGAGGGAUGGAGGCAGCAGCCUCAGCACCAGCCCCCCACGACCCCCCAAGGCGCCAUCGAGUGCUGUGCCCCCCGGGUGCAGCUGGGCUGUGGGCAGCAGAGCCCCAGGAGCAAUAAAUCCUCCUCCUGGA